AUGUCAAGAGGAGGCGGUGGUGGACGGGGAGGCGGACGAGGAGGUCGAGGAGGAGGCAGAGGCGGACGACCAGCUCUUCCGUGGGACGACACAGAUGAACCCGAUGCCCGACCCUCUGAGCUGUUCCCGCCCUGCGUUGUUCCAACUCCUCGCGAUCUCACCACCACGGAAUACAACAGCGUCCAGUGCUUCCUCCUCCUUCGCCACCAAAUCCACUCAUCGCCUCUCUACACAUCCAAGCGAACGUCCCUCAUCGACCCCGCUGCUCCUCGGAAAGUCUACGGCCGCGACCAAAUGAACGCCCUGUACGAUGUCAAGAGCAAGGCCUCGGUCGACCCCUUCAACGCCAUGCCCACCUACUCUCAGCGCUUCUCCCGGCCAGAGCGCGCCCUCCCGGAAUGGUCCUCUCGGCCGGUGUGCAGAGAAAUGUUCCCCCCGGAGCUUCUCGACACGGUCGACUCGGCGGAUGCCAGUGGAAUGAGGAAGAGGCGCAAGCUGGAGCUGAGCAAAGUGAACGCUCUGCCAAAUGCGGAGGAAGCGUUUGGCAUGCCUGCCAUCGAGGGUGAAGACGACGAAGGUGUGCCGGUGAAUGGGAAGAAUAUACUGGAACGAUUGGAUGCUUUGCGGGAUGACGAGGGUGACGACGCUGCCGACGUGGACGACGACGAGGGCCUGGAAGAGGAGGAGGAGGAUGAAGUCUACGAUGACGAAGAUGCUGGUGACUACGAUGCUGAAACGUACUUUGACAAUGGCGACGAUGGCGGCGACGACUAUGGAGACGGAGAUGAUGGUGAAGGGACAUAUUAA